CAGGAAGAGGAUAUUUUUGUAACUCGUUACCAUAACAACAUGGACUGCGCAUGACAACUUUCACAAGAUAUAUUCUUGCCCAAAAUUAAUUCAGCUCUACAGGGGACUUAAGCUAGGAUAUUAUAGUCAUCAAAGUGAACCCAUUAAAAUGAAGCUCCAUUUAAUUUCAGUGAUUCUGAUCGUCUUGUUCUGUGUUGUAGUUUACUCUCAGUCUUCAAGAACGAAUUCCGGUGGUAAAGGUCAUGGUGGAGAAAGGGGUCGUGGUGGAGAAAGGGGUCAAGGUGGAGAAAGGGGUCGUGGUGGAGAAAGGGGUCAAGGUGGAGAUAGGGGUCGUGGUGGAGAAAGGGGUCAAGGUGGAGAAAGGGGUCGUGGUGGAGAAAGGGGUCAAGGUGGAGAAAGGGGUCGUGGUGGAGAAAGGGGUCGGGGUGGAGACGGGGGUCGAGGUAGAGGAAGCGGGAAUGUCGGUGGCUUAGGUCAUGAAAACGGUCCAAGAAGCAGACGUGAAGUGGGACAUGAGAAGACCAGCAGACGACACAGCCGGGUCAACGCCACGAACUACGUCUGGACUCGCCACGCUCAGGACGUCAGCUUUAGAGAAGCUGCAGCAAUCUUAACGAACCAAAACAUAGUCAUAGUGACGUCAAAUGAUCAAAUAUUAAACACAAUCAACAUAACAAGGGCAUCAACUCUAUAUGACCUCACGAACAAUGGCACAGCACUGAUGCUCAUCAAGCCGAGGCUGCGAAUCUAUCCUUGCUUUAUUUCAAACACCAGUGUCAAUUUGGAUGAUAUUAGAACGGAACUAGAAGCCAGAAAUGGAACCAACGUGACACAGCACACCAGCCUGGCCCUGGAUGCCACUAGCCCUCCCCUGACACUGGUGGAGAGGGAGGAAAUGAUGAACCAGUCUAGCGCCAUACGCGCCCAGUGCAAGAGACGAGAUCUCGUUCUCCUCAAGCCUCUUACUGGAACGGCUCAAGUCCCCAGUAGCGCGGACGUAAAGGAAAUCCGAGUCUUCACGUUGGAGGAUGAGGCUAUCAUUACAAUCCCUACAAAGUUCCGUAACUCUUUUUUUAAAAGAGGACCUCACAGUCAUAAUGGGCGUAGAACAUCUAGGCGAAGUUAAAUUAUUCUCACAACUAGGAACAUCUGAUUAAUCUAUUCCCACAACUAAACCCAUCAGAUUGAAAUAUUCACACAACUAAGCCCAGAUUAAACUAUUCCAACAACUAAGUUCAGACAAAAGUAUUCACACAACUCCAACAAAAACAACAUUGGACACAAAAGUCGGCUAUCCGAUAGCUCCACUAAGUGGUCAGACAACAAACUCAUUCAAUGUCUCACGGAGAGAGAGCGGUCAAAAAAAUGGGGAAACUUGAAGAAUUUUUAACGUGGAAUAAAGAACGUUCACUAUUCUGA